ACCUGGAUCAAGAAACUUUACUCGUCUCCGAAGUGUGAGCGAGGCUGGCAUCCGACCUCCCGAGGCAUUACUACUCCAUCAUCGAUUCAGUUAGUUAAGGGGUCUUGAUCGUCCUCACAUGCACUCCAUGCUCCCUAUACCCUAGGGUGCGUCGUUUAUCGUAUACACUAUACCCGCUGAACCUUAAUCUGAUAAAAUACCAUUCUCACAUCCUUUGAUCCGGAUAUCUAAGGCUAAUUUCGCUCGUCUGGUGCAGCGGCAGAGAGGCAUGGUUGAAAGUCCAGUCCCCUCCUCGUUGCGGCUUGAUGACACAAAUACCUCAUCAUCAACUCAUCGAUAAACCCAAUAGCUCAUGAUGGGUGACGCGAUGGCUUUCUCCAACCCAUUUGACUUCAUGAGUCUUCCUCCAGAAAUCCGCCUUCAGAUCUAUUCACACCUGUUGAACCCCGCUGACAACAUUCAACCGCAUCCGACGCACGAUGAUUGCGAAACAUAUCACUUCGAAAACCUCCUCAAUCUCCUCCUCACUUCUCGAACGGUCUCGGACGAAGUCGCGCGACUGUUCUACUCUAAAAACACAUUCGUUCGGGUCGAAACGCCAUGGGAGGAGGCGCAAAAUCACAUCGAGGAACAAGGGUUGAUACCCUUAAUAUGCGUUGGGGAGAAGGCAGAACGAUUCCAACGGUACCAUCUUGGGUUGGAGAUUCGGUGUCCGGCGUACGAAAACCAUAUGAUGCGGCAUCGCAUGGGGAUCGAAACCCACAUCGAGCCUCCUCCCAGCAUGGAGUUCCAGAUGCCGACCUGCAAGGUCGUCAUCCUUCUUGAGCACCUAUCUGCAUUCUGCAGAAUCUGGUUCUACUCCGAUAUCUCCAACCCCGGGGGUCUCAAUGGACACCUGGACCUUACGGUGCACCUCCAAAACCCCAAUGCUACGGGAGGGGUGGAGGCGAACGCUCCGGUUCCAAAAGCGCUUCAGCAAAAGCUGUUGAGCCCAUUGGGGGCCGUCCGCGGCCUGGCGGAGAUCAAGUUCCAGGGCGAGGUUUACAAGAGCAUCGAACAGGCAGUGAGGCAAGAGAUGAUGAAACCAUACGUGUCGCAGGAGGACUGUCUGGAGCAGUCCGUGGCGCUCAAGAAGCGCGGAGACGAAGUGCUGAAAGACGGGAAAACUCGAGAGGCAAUCGAAAUUUACGAGAAAGCAUUUUACGCUAUCCAUAUCACCUGCAAAGGACGCCGUAGGCAUAUCUGGGGCGAUGCAUUUUUCGACAAGCAGCUCGCCUCCGGCACCUACGAAGGUCAACAUGGAGAGUGGAUCAGAAUCAUGCUCCGACUGAAGUUGGUCUCGCAGGUCGUGCUCGCAUACUCGACGCUGAAAGAGUACGAAGAAGCGGAAUUCUGGGGUAUGAGGACAAUAUACAUAAUGAGGCAACGGAUGGGUGUGGAGGACGAUGAAGACACUCCCCUUAUCGGCUUCCCCUCCGCUGGCGACAUUGGCAGAAUCUACUUCAGGACAGGAGUCGCCAUGAAGGAGCAAGCAAAGCUCGAGGAUGCCCGCAAACUUCUGAAGGUUGCACACGACUAUCUUCCCGAAGACCAGGAAGUGAUCGCCGCGCUCAGGAGCAUCGGCUGGACGCCGGGAUUGACUCGUCCUUUUUAGACGUAUGAUGGCGAAGUUCGACGUCGAAUCUGCAUUUGAACGGCGUUUUAACAAUGGUUUGGCAGGCUGCCUAUACCACUCGCGGAUCUCUGGGUAUUUGGAUGAGGAAGAUUAUGAGAUACGAAUAUUCCAUUACGAAUCAAGCGUUGUUUGA